CUCCAGCAAGGUCGAAGUUCUACGUGCGGGACCCGCCGAAUGACAAACCUGACUGGCUGAAAGUUGGGCUGACCUUGGGCACCGCCGCGUUCCUCUGGUUCUAUCUUAUCAAACAACAUAAUGAAGAUGUUCUAGAAUAUAAAAGAAGAAAUGGAUUGGAAUAAGCUUUGGAAAUACUUCCAUAGUGUGCUCCUCACACGAUUAUAAUGGAGGCUCUGGGUUCUGCAGUCUGUUGAGUAGUGGAUGUGAGAGCAGUUAGAUGUAAAUGUAUAUCAAGUCAGCGUUUGAGUUUUGCAUCAUUAAAGAAACAAAAAUACUUAUGUAUUCAAA